AUGGCUUUUAAGUAUCCUGAAGGGUGGAGACUUCAGAACUUCUCUGGGCAUCCUGUGCCAGUGCUUGGUCAUCCUCACGCUCCAGUUGUUAACCGAUACAACAGAAGAGUAUCAGUUUGUGCUGAAGCUUUUAAUCCAGACGAAGAGGAAGAAGAUACAGAACAAAGGGUAGUUCAUCCAAAAACUGAUGAACAGCGAUGCAGACUGCAGGAAGCGUGUAAAGAUAUCCUGCUCUUCAAAAACCUAGAUCAGGAGCAGCUGUCUCAGGUCCUUGAUGCCAUGUUUGAGAGGAAGGUGAAACCUCAGGAACAUGUGAUUGACCAAGGUGAUGAUGGAGACAACUUCUAUGUCGUUGAGCGGGGAUUGUAUGAUAUUGUUGUAGCAAAAGACAACCAGUCACGCUGUGUGGGCCGGUAUGAUAAUCACGGCAGUUUUGGGGAACUGGCAUUGAUGUACAACACUCCUAGAGCUGCCACCAUUGUUGCCACAACAGAAGGAGCCCUUUGGGGACUGGAUCGAGUGACGUUCAGAAGAAUUAUAUUGAAAAACAAUGCAAAGAAGAGGAAGACGUAUGAAUUAUUUAUUGAAUCUGUGCCCCUUCUUAAAUCCUUGGAGGCAUCAGAACGAAUGAAGAUAGUGGAUGUUAUAGGGGAGAAAGUGUAUCAAGAUGGGGAACGUAUAAUUUCUCAGGGUGACAAAGCAGACUGUUUUUACAUUGUAGAAUCUGGUGAAGUAAAAAUCUUGAUUAAAAGCAAGACUAUGACAAGUAAAGAAGCUAACCAAGAAGUGGAGAUUGCCCGGUGUCACAGAGGGCAGUAUUUUGGAGAGCUUGCGCUUGUUACCAACAAACCUAGAGCAGCCUCUGCCUAUGCUGUUGGGGAGGUCAAAUGUUUAGUCAUGGAUGUGCAAGCAUUUGAGAGGUUGCUUGGACCCUGCAUGGACAUUAUGAAGAGGAAUAUCACACAUUACGAGGAGCAGCUGGUGGCACUGUUUGGCUCUAGCAUGGACCUGUUGGAUCCAGGGAAUUAGGCACAGGGUACCUCAAUGCCUUCUUAGUUCAAGACACAGAAAAGCCUCCUAUCAGCAACACAACUCACAAGGAAAAUGGACACUACGGAACAGUUACUGCUGCUGUCUUCUUGGGCAUUUUAGAAACCAUAAACAAGUCUCAGCACAGAUGGAUUGCUCACUCCCUGCCUCAACUUUGCUGCUGAUACUUCAUUAUUAGACCUAGAUUAAAGAUGAUUCUAACCCUAUGUUCACUUACUUGGUUCAGAAUGGCAUCUGUCCAACAGUUCAAGUGCCUGAUAUGAAACCCAAAGUGUGCAAGAUAUAGAAGCCUCCUUCCCUCUGGUGUUGCUACUGUUGGGAUAAAUUUUUGGAUCAGAUUCUGUAGUGGGAGGUUGCCUGUUCUGCAGAGGCAACCUGUGGAAUAUGAGCCUUUUAUGGGUUUAUUACCUUCAUCUGAUGCUUUCCUUACACGAUGUCAAAUUUACUUUGAAUUGUAUCAUCUGGGUUUGAA